AUGUGGACCCCCAGCCGGAGACAGCUCUGCCUGGCCUUCCUGCUGGUCUGUGUGCUCUCCACUGGCUCCUUCUUUUUCCACCUGUAUGGAGGAAACUUCUUUGGAAAUGAGCUAACUCUCUCUAUCCUGUGUCCAGACUACCACCUGCUUAAGUCCCCAGUGGCCAUGGUAUGCCUGCCCCACCCAUUGCAGACUUUCAAUGCCUCCCCUUCCUGUCCCAGACAGUCAUCCUCACUCUCUGGGACUUGGACCAAUGCCACAUUGCUGGCCUUGGCUCAGCUCAAUGGCCGCCCAGCUUUCAUUCAGCCUGAGAUGCAUGCCACCCUGGCCCCUGUGUUCCGCAUCUCCCUGCCCGUGCUGGACCCUGAGGUGGACAGCCUCACACCUUGGCAGCAUUUAGUGCUACAUGACUGGAUGUCAGAGGAGUACUCGCACCUGCAGGACCCCUUUCUCAAGCUGUCCGGUUUCCCUUGCUCUUGGACCUUUUUCCACCAUCUCCGGGAACAGAUCCGCAAGGAGUUCACCCUGCAUGACCACCUUCGAGAAGGUGCCCAGCACCUGCUGAGUGGGCUCCGUCUAGGCCCCUGGAGCAUCCGCCCUCACACUUUUGUGGGUGUCCAUGUGCGUCGUGGAGACUACCUCGAGGUGAUGCCCAAUCGCUGGAAGGGUGUGGUGGGUGACCGAGUUUACCUCCAGCAAGCCAUGGACUGGUUCCGGGCUCGACACAAAGACCCCAUCUUUGUGGUCACCAGCAAUGGCAUGGAAUGGUGUAUGGAGAAUAUCGACACAUCCCAUGGUGAUGUGGUCUUCGCUGGCAAUGGCCAGGAGAGCACACCAGGGAAAGACUUUGCACUGCUCACCCAGUGUAACCACACCAUCAUGACCAUUGGCACCUUUGGCUUCUGGGCUGCCUACUUAGCUGGUGGAGACACUGUAUACCUUGCCAACUUCACCCUGCCAGAUUCAGAGUUUCUGAAGAUCUUCAGGCCUAAGGCUGCCUUCCUGCCCGAGUGGGUGGGCAUUAACGCAGACCUGUCCCCACUUCAGGCUCAGGUUGACCCUUGGGAAUCAGAUGGUCUUUUAAGAUUGGUCUGAACCCUCUAGAGUCAGCCAUCCAUAUCUCUAGAGGCCUGUGGCUUUGGAAUGUGUCUGUGGUAGUCCAGGGGCUGGUGGGCACUCAUUUCCGGACAUUGAGAUGAGGGGCUUUCUGGAAAUGCUGGAAUGUUCUACUGAUAGUCCACCAGAACAUCAUUGUCUGAUGGCUGAGGAAGUCCAGGUUAGCCCUGUGAGCCACAGUCCUCUUCUCACCCAGAUCACCCUCUUAGAACUUCUGGAUUAUAUGAGUGAAGAAAUCCCUGACUCACCAGCAGGCCUCCUAGGUGCCUGGAGUCAUUCUAGGGGACUUGGUGGCUGUUUCUGAGAGCCUGGUCCAGUGCCUUCGAGCACCUGCAGCACCCUGCCAACACUCUAGGUAGUGAAGAACUUACUGAAGGUGCAUGCAACUGUGAAAUGCCAGCUUCGCGUUAGAGAGAUGGCAACAACUUGAGCAGAUCUGAAUCCUGGCCAUCUCCUUGGCCCCAGAGAAACCACAAAGACUUUUACUUAGGGUGGGGAGAGUAAAUGGGCUAAGAUGUGGGAGACACAAGAGAAAGAGCCACUGCUGAGGGGCUGCACUUACAGGAGUGGUUCCUAAAAAUCCAGGGACUUAAAAAAAAAAAAAAAGAGCCAAAAACUUAAAGAAAUAGAUUAGUCCUGAAUUUAAGAUCAAAGAGGUUUCUUCUCUGAUGCUAUAGGGGACCUGGGCUCUGCUUUCCGGAAGUGGCCAGGUCUACAGAAAACAAGGGCGUGUCCCUGGGCUCACAAAGGUACUGAAUCCAGCUUUGAGAAGGUGUUCCAGACCCCGGAACCCAGCUCAAGGCCCUGCAGGACCACAGGCUCAGAUCAAGGAGAAUGGAUGUUUGACUGAGCUGUCAGAUAGAUAUCCUUGAUGCUUUUCCUCAGAUAGCAUUUAAUCUAAUCGAAUUCUCAGGGAGUUUCUGGGUACCUUUUCCCAGCUCAGCUUUUACAGGCUGGAGAGAAGGAGCUGUGAAUUAAAGGGCCACA